UAUAACUUAUGAUACGUAAAAAUGAUAAUCAAGAUAGCCCUGUGGUCGCGAUUGAUGAUAGCCAUUCUAAUGGCGGGCAUUUACACUUACGCAAACAACAAUAGUGGCGAUAGAUUGAUUCCUUUUAAAUAUGGAGGCGGUGAGAAACCAAGAUCUAGGGUUGAAGAAUCUGGACAAGGCAGUGGUGACAGAUUGAUUUCAUUUAAACACGGAGGCGGUGAGAAGCCAAGAACUAGGGCUGAAGAAUUUGGACAAGGCAGUGGUGACAGGCUGAUUCCUUUGAGAUAUGGAGGAAGUGAGAAAUCAAGAACUAGGACUGAAGAAUCUGGACAAGGCAGUGGUGACAGGCUGAUUCCUUUGAAAUAUGGAGGGAGUGAGAAAUCAACGGCUAUGGUUGUUGAAGGAGCUGACCUAGACAGAAAUAAACUUUCAGAAUCACCCGAAGAUGUGAAAAUAACAAGAAAUAAAGAGACACAAAACGUAAAACAGAAAUGUUAUCGAUCUCAUGGUCCAACUAGAAUAGAGGUUCCAUGUAAAAACAAAUUCUCUUUUCAAUAUGAUGAUAUACCUGGAGACCCCGCCAUUAUAGAGACAGAUAAACUACCAUCCGACCCGCGACUUCUACCUGAGAUCGGUAACGGCCAUAUCGCAACAGUAAUACACAGCGACACCAUCUGUAUGAACGGAUUGUAUAACGGUGCUAACACCAGCAGUCAUAGAGCCAGGAUACCCUCUAUUGUUAGUUUAAUAGUAGACUCGAUUAAAACGUCAAAUGGAUCCUACACAAAGAAAUAUUUACUAGACAUGAAAAACGGUAUUUUUAGAGAGAGAUUUUUUGGUGAAGAUUAUAGAAUAGAGAUAAGAACGUAUGCUCAUCGUAUUUUAACAAGAGUAAUGGCGGUAGAGGUAGAUAUAGAGAAAGAUGGUUUAACAGAUUUAACCAUCAACUUUCACACUAAUACAGGAAAAACAAGUGAUGAUAUUCACUUUGGUCCAGUAGUAGAUAAAGAUUAUACAUAUACAACAACUGGUGAAACUUUGAUAGCUGAAUAUCCUGACAUCAAACCAACAACACCUGUAGCUUUAGUUUACGACCAUAUACUAAACAACAUAACAGUUCCGGCCUUUAUAAAAUCGGAAACCGUCUACUUCUUCGCGGCAUUUGGUGUCAACAAAACAGAGGCUACUUAUUACCAUCAAAGGGCUAGUGAUUUAUUUGUGAAUGACACGUUUCGACAUGAACACAUCAACGCCUGGAAUGAUCUUUGGAACAAGGGUCGUAUUGAUGUACUAGCAAAUAAUAAUAAAAUAGGCCAAAUAAUCUACGCCUCACUGUAUUAUCUACUCAGCUCUCUACCUGUCCAUCCUGACGAGGCUAAUUGGCCGUUCAUGGGAUUAGCACCUGGUGGAUUAGCACAUGGAUAUUAUAAGUCGCAGGAUUAUUCCGGUCACGUGUUUUGGGAUCAAGACACGUGGAUGUUUCCACCAAUCAUGAUGCUGCAUGCUGAUGUGGGAAAACUGAUCGUUCAAUCUAGACUAAGAAAACUAGAUGCUGCUCGACGGUUGGCGAAGAUGAGGGGGUUUCCCGGUGCCAUGUAUCCCUGGGAAUCCGCAUAUACAGGACUACCUACAUCUACGUCAGAGACAUGUUCCACCAACGAAAUCCACAUUUCAGCUGACGUAGCUUUCGCAUUACGUCAGUAUUGGUUGCUAACUACAGAUGACGACUUCCUGGUAAAAGAUCGUGGUGCAGAAGCUCUCAUUGACCUAGCAACGUUCUGGGCGGCACGUGUCACCUUGAAUCAACAAACAAAAAAAUACGAAAUACUCGAUGUCAUGGGACCUGAUGAGUAUCACUACCACAAGAAUAACUCUGUAUACAUUAAUACUAUAGCUCGGAUUACUUUAAUGACUGGGCAGAUGGCUGCCGUGAAAACAGGACGAACACCACCAACUUUAUGGCAGAGUAUUAUAGAUAACAUGUACAUACCUAUUGAUAAUCAUCAAUACUUCUAUCAUCCAGAAUAUGAUGGUUAUCCUAGAGGUGAAAUUGUAAAACAAGGUGACGUCAUAUUAAUAGGAUUUCCUCUGAUGUCUCAAUCACCCAAUAAAACUAUACAACAAAAUGAUCUGAUUUAUUAUGCUAAUGUUACACCGAGUGGUCCAGCUAUGACGUGGGGGAUGUUUGCUAUUAACUGGCUAGAACAAGGAAAUCUAACAUUAGCAGAGAAAUAUUACAAUAAACAAUUUGGUAAUAUUCAACCGCCAUUCCAGACAUGGACUGAGAAUGCUGAUGGUAGCGGUGCUGUAAACUUCCAUACAGGAAUCGGUGGAUAUCUUCAGUCUAUUAUAUUUGGCUAUGGUGGAUUUAGAAUCAGAAACGACAUGUUGAUAUUCGAUCCACAGAUCAUCCCAAAUGUCAAUCAAUGGAACAUCACUGGACUGGAUUACAAAGGAGGUUCUUUUCACUUUCAAUUCGCUGAGUUUGAAAUGUACAUUACACAGACUGUUGUCCAAUCACCGAUGUCUGUUUAUCUAUUUGCCUCGGGAACAUCACAACCUCUCGUUCUCAAUGAAACUGCUUUCAUUCCAAGACAACGAGCGGCGCUUAUAAUGCGUCCAAACUCACAGAAUUCGACUUUUAAUAUUAAACUGUGAUAUUAAUGGCUAUAAUCGAACUCAGC